CUCGACGGUUCACUGGUCUUGGUGAUAUGACUCAUAUAGCUAGCUAUUGCAGGUCCUCUCUCCAGUAUCGAAAUGGCGACUUUGUUCUAUGCAACGGCUUCUGGUCCUUUACGAUGGUUCAAUCCUAUUUCUAACCGUUACCCUAGUUCUAUGUCCUCCUAUUGGAACUUUUCAGGAAAAGAAAUCAGGAAGCUGAAAUUAUCUCCAUGUGAUGGUUUGACUCCAAACUCGAGGCAAACUUUGAUCUAUGCAGUCAAUAAAGGUGCUGAAGAAUCAUUUAAGAAGACUGUGGAGUUGGAUUAUCUGAUAGAUAAAUUGAGGGAAGCAAACCCAAAUGAGAUUCAGAAUCUCGUUGCUGAAAAUAUCUUUGCCUUUGAUGAGAGCUUUUGGAUACGACUUGCAACAAGAUCGGAGACCUGCAAGUCUGAGGAUGAUAAAAAAGACUAUGAAGAACUGGCUUCAUCAGUAAUGACCAUAGUAGACCGCAUUGUUCAUAAAACCAAUGAAAAAAUAGAAUCAUUUACAGACAUCUUGAAAGCAAUUUUAAAACCUGUAGUUGACGAGGAGGAGGAAAUUACUUGGCCUCCUCGAGAUCCUGCAGGCCUCAAGCUUAUGGAGAAAGAAAUAUAUCAAAGAGAGAAAGAAGGGCAACUGGAUGAAGGAUUCCUCUCAGAAGUUAAUGCACAAUUACGACAAGCAAAAGAAGAUGAAGACAAGCCAGGUUUGCAAGCUAUGUUACAAAAAGUCUUGCAACUCUAUGCUUCCAUAAUCCUCUCUAAGCGAACUUAUGCCAAAAAAGGAAACCAAGUGUUGAAAGCUGAGGAGUUUCUUGAAACAAUAAUCAAAGCUCCUGAAGAAGAAUGGAAUAAGCAAUUGAUCAACGGGUUGAGUGUUGGCAAAGGCAAUAUCUCCCCAGACGAACUGUAUUCUGUAAUUAGGAAACGUAUAGAGCGAACCUUGAUCCGAACGGAGGGCGGUUCGUACCAGCAAAGAAUACUUAUAGAAUAUCUAAAGGGUAUUCAAUCUAGAGUGGAGGAGAUUGUCCAAGUACUUAGGGGAACACCAUGAGGAACAACUUGAGUACAAAUUAGUUCCUUUGGAGAUUUUGAAGCAUAAAAUUUGGACAUACCAUUAGUGAUACAUGAGUAUAUCAAAUCGUAAGAUUAGAAAAUGGCUCGAGAAAAAAAUUCUCCUUCUGUGGGGGAAAUUACCGUGCCAACACAAAUGCACUUGUAUAAUGAAGAUUACGAGGAUGUUAUUAAUUUUUAUGGUUGUUUGAUUCACAUUUGCGAUAAAUCUUAAUAUUAAUAAUUCCUUUUCAAGUUUUUAACUUGAACAAAAAAGUGUAUAUAAGAGUAUGUAAUCCAAAAAUGGAUAAUUAAUUGUUUCUAAAUGUUACUUUUCUUGGGAAAAAGAUGACCUAUUAUUAAAUAAUAUGAUUUUUUCUUAUUA